AUGGAUGGUCAAGAUUCAUCUUAUAAUCCAAAUCUUCCACCAUCACAUUAUAGUCCAAUGAUACCACCGUUGACGACAGAUGUCAAAUAUAAUCUCUACGAUACGAAUACAAGUGAAAAUAAGCCGUUUAAUGAUGUUAAUGGAAUGCUGCAACAAAUCAUGUCUAUUGUUGAUCAAAGUCUUGAUGAAGCUCAAUCAAGAAAACAUGCCUUCAAUCAAAGUCGACUCAAACCCGCUUUUUUUCAAGUAUUAUGUGAAAUAAAAGAAAAAACAGCAAUUAAUAUUCGUAACUUUCCUGAAGACGAACCACCCGAUGCGCAAUUGAUGCGUUUAGAUAAUAUGCUAUUAGCCGAAGGUAUCGCCGGGCCUGAACGAUUAGGCGGUUCAUCGACUUCAUCAUCUGCUGCGAGUGCGAAUGCAGCUGCUAGUAUUAAUGACGAAUCAGCACUUGAACAUGGAGAUUAUCGUGCAAAACUAUCACAAAUUCGACAACUAUAUCAUAGUGAACUUGAAAAAUACGAACAAGCAUGUAAUGAUUUUACUAGUCAUGUUAUCAAUUUAUUACACGAACAGAGUCGUGCACGUCCUAUAUCACCUCGAGAAAUUGACCGAAUGGUAGCUAUCAUUCGAAAAAAGUUUUCAUCUAUUCAAUUACAACUGAAACAAAGCACAUGCGAAGCUGUCAUGAUUCUCCGUUCACGUUUUCUUGACGCCAGACGAAAACGUCGUAACUUCAGUAAAACAGCUACUGAAGUUUUGAAUGAAUACUUCUAUUCGCAUUUAUCAAAUCCAUAUCCAAGCGAAGAAGCCAAAGAAGAAUUAGCACGUAAAUGCGGCAUCAGCGUGUCACAGGUCAGCAAUUGGUUUGGUAAUAAACGUAUUCGUUAUAAGAAAAACAUUGGUAAAGCACAAGAAGAAGCCAAUCUAUACGCAUCAAAACUAGCUAAUCAAGCAGCACAGGGCGUCGGUAGUAUGCGACGGGACAGUGACAGUUCACACCAUGGUGAAAGAUAA